GAACAUCGCCACAAAAUCACACUUUAGCCACCUAGCUGCCACUCGUUUCCCCUUCUCUUCACCUUGCCAGCACACCCUUUCAACGCCGUUGCUAGGUCUAUUCUCUAAUAUUUGAAAAGCGCCAUCAGCACAUGACAAUGAAUAUCGCCGAUGCCAACCGGCCGUACACGAUUGUGGUGCGGAUUGACGACUCGCGCGAGGGCUACGCUGCUGCUGAAUACGCGUGCUCUCUGUGCUUGAAGCUGAAGGUCAAGUACCGGCUGAUAUUCCUGUACGUAGUUGCUCUGUACAAGCGGUCAAACCUGAAUCUGAUCAACCGGCAGACGGAGCAGCUGAAUGCUGAGAUCCGCGAGAACGCCGAGGACUCGAUGAUGAAAUGCAAGCAGUUUCUGUCGAGAUUUGAGUCACUGCUGUCGUUUGAGUGGAUCUCGAUCAAGGACGAGGGCAAUGUGGGUCCGAUUGCUGCCAAGUUCAUCAAGAAGGAGCUGCAGACGGUCGUGGAUUUGGUCGUCGUCGGCAGGUCCGCCGACACUGCACUCAAGACCAUUGUGGGCGGCCAUGUUAGUGAUUAUUUCAUGAAGACGCUCGAGGUGCCGCUGAUGGUGGUCAAGGACGAGUUUGAUGUGUCUGACGACGAGUGAAUGAAUGGGAUUCGUACAUUAAAAUUUGCAUAGGAAAACUUGAUAUGAAAGAAAAACGGUUUACUUCUUGCCAGAGUAGUCGUUGUCGUUGCUGG